CCCAAUUGGACGACCCUGCAGCUGAAAAGGUGACGAGGACGCCUAUUGAUGACAUAGCAACGUGCGACGAAGCUGAACAGAUUGCGUGAUGGCGCCGGUUGGGAAGAGGAGAAUAUCUCCGGGCUUCAGUAGAAAUGGAGGCAAGGAGAAGGCGCCGACUGGUCUGAGUCGGAAGCAGCCCUGGAGACGGGACACGCGUCAGUUGAGGGGAAGCCUCCAGGAGGGUCAAGGCUUUGCCAUUUGGAGAAAGCGAAAGAUUCAACGUGACUACAAAAAGUUACUUAAAAAGGAAAGAAAUGUGAAUUCUCAAAAUAAUGUUGGGUAUACUGAAGAUUAUCCAGAACAUCUGAAGCAUCUUUAUUUAGCUGAAGAGGAAAUGCUUCAGAAACAGCAGAAACCUAAACAUAAACCAGUAGUACUUGAAGAGAAAGAUACUGUAACUUCAGGGAGCAAUGUGAUUCAAAGAAAACUUAAAGCAAAAACUUCAAACCAGAAAGCAAAAGAGGAUUAUGAGAAAAUAAAGGCUGAACGAAACAAGAAAAAGGAGACUUUCAUUUCAGGCAGCCAAAAAAAGGAGAGAAGAAAGAGAGAAAGCUCAAAAGCUCUACAAGCAGAAGAAAAUGGAAACAUACAAAAUGUUAAGUAAAAGGACUAGAAAAGGACAACCAAAUCUAAAUUUACAAAUGGAAUAUCUUCUUCAAAAAAUUGAGCAAAAAGCAUAACUUGUCAGAUAUUUUUUAACUAUGGACACAAAAAAAGAUAAGGUGAAUUGGAUAAGGACUUUUUUCUACAGUGGCCUGCCCUUUUAAUUUUGCAGUGUCAGCUCUUACUAAUGUUUAUUAAGUUAUAGUGAAAAUAUUUUUGCAAAAUGAAAUUUGCUUGCAAGAACUUUUAAAAUUAAAAAUUACAAUCUGCAUAGUCUUUCUAUAUUAAAAUGUUCUUUUGUAUUUUUAAAAAAUUUAGCUAAACUUUCUGAACGUAUGUUGUACAUUUGUACUGUGACUUAAAACAGAUCCCAUUGCCUUAAUACAAUUUUUGAGUGGGCACGCACAGAAUUGCAUUGCUGUUUUUCAAUCUAACUCAUCUUUUGUUUACUAAAAGUUUGCAGCGUCUCCUUUUCCUCUGUACUCUGUUUUCUUGUGCAUACAUUGAAAAAUUUACUUUAAAUGACUAUGGGCACAGUGUUCUUGGCAUAACUUGAUUAAAUACAGAAAUAGAAAGAGUUUGUUAAAUGUUUACUGAAUAUUAAAAUGUAAUUAAUCUGAAACAUGAGCAUAUAACCAUUUAGAGGAAAAAUUGUUUUCAGAAAUUUAUAAUUAAAUUUUAGAAAAGCAUAUGGAUAUCUGGGAUUAAGGGGAUCUGGCAGGAACAGUGCAGGAAAAAAGUGUGUGUCUGUAUGUGCAUGUAUAUUUAGAUAUAGAUAACAUUCCAACACUGAAAACUAUAAUAAAUGGUGUAGGAGUAUCUUUAGCAAUCAGUUGCCUGCAUAUUGACAGGUCAGUACCAUUAAAUACUUCAUAGACAACC